GAGGGACACGGAAACGAACCACCGACAGGCGGAUGUUGUUAUAUUGCAAAGGAAGUUGAAUAUGAAAGGUUAGAGUGCAAGAGAAAAAAUGGCUGCGCUCGCGUCCUUGCUGCUUAAGUCGAGAGCUGGGCUGUUGUCUCUCCAGCCGACCGCAGGACCUGUUCGAUAUGCAUCUAAGAAAGCUGGUGGUAGCACUAAAAACCUGGGAGGAAAAAGCCCUGGCCGAAGAUACGGGUUUAAGAAGACUGACGGUAACUUUGUUCAUGCUGGCAACGUCCUAGCAACGCAACGUUUGAUUCGCUGGCACCCGGGAGCUAAUGUUGGGAUGGGGAGGAACAACACUCUGUACGCUUUGGAAGAAGGCAUUGUCAGGUUCACCAAGGAGGUCUAUAUUCCACCCCCUCGCAGUCCUGAGGCCACUAAAGUGAUAUGCCGUCUGCCCAAAGGGACUGUGCUCUACAAGACCUUUGUCAACGUCCUGCCCAGCAAGCAGGAGGGACACUUUAAGCUGGUUGGCAUGAUGUGAGAGCAGCAAAGCAAUCAGCAGCCUCUUACCAGAAUGAUUGAUGGGGGUUCAAACCUGUCUGAACUAUGAAGGCUGAACUCUUAACCUGCUGACGCUGCCAGCUCAUGUUUUUGAGCAUAAAUUCCAGAUACUAUUGUAGUGUGACUGCUCUAGGAACAGAACUUUUCUGACCAAAGUGUUCAAUAAAAAGGCAACCUCUGUUCUA